AGUCAGUGUAUAUUGUCUCAAAAUGUCGUCGCAGGAUAGCGCGCCUUUUACUCCUUUGUUUAAUAUCAAAAAGUGAUAAAUCAAAUGACUUUGCAAUAAUUUCAACGUACUUAAACUGUGAACUCAGUAGCAAUAUCCAUGUUGUGCUAGUGUGAUGAUUUUGUGGACAUUUAAUUAAUUUAGUGCUUGUAUAUAGGGAAUAGUGAGUGACCAACAAAACGUAAAUUUUGGUGGUUAAGGAACAAAAUCAUAUUCUCAAAAGAAACUCUGAAAACAACAAACUAUGACGGCAAGUGAACACUGACAUUUGUGUAAUUAUAAACGAGUAAAAAUAAAGUAUUAUAUAUAAUAUAACUACUACUUUCUUUUAAUAUGAUUACAAAAUAAGCAUUUAGUGCAGAUGGGAAAACAAUAAAUUUUCAAAGAGCUUUGAAUAAAAUCCUAAAGAACUAAAAUGUUUUAUAAAAUUUUGAUUACACAUAAAUGAAACGUGAUAGUUGUGUACAGACAAUUUUGUAUCAUAUAUAAUAAACAAAAUUGAGUGUUUGUAAAAAAAGGACACAUAUGUGCCCCUAUGGUCAGUGAAUGGCGGCCAUAUUAGCAGGCGUGGGAGCGAGGUGAUGCGCCGACUCGACCACGCCCAUCAUGAGCUCCUUCCUCAUGAACGGCGGGUACCAACCGCAGCCGGACCCCAAAUUCCCGCCUUCCGAAGAGUACAGCCAAGCGGACUACAUACCACCAGGAGAAUACUACCAGCACCAACAUCUCCAAUAUGGCUAUCAACAUCAGUAUGCGCCUGUCCAAAUCGGCACAGGUUACGGGUACGGGGGCUACUAUCACCCAUUACCGCAACAUCCUCCUGUGGCUCCACCUCCAAGGCCACCGGAGCCGUCUCAUCCAUCAGACGCAGACCACGGCUAUGUUCCCUCACAUAAUGGAGAAGUGGCUCCCGGCCUUGCUGAACUCGGGUUAAGACUUGAAAGGCAUAUAGAAGAAGCAGCACCCGCCGGGAGAAAGCUUCAUGCGUUAGGAAGAGAAGGGUCACCCGUUUCGGAAAUGGAUGAUGAGAGGUUACUAUUAGAUAGUCCACCGGUCGAAGACGACGACUCCUCUAUUUGUUCGGAUAAUACUGACAGGGUUAUUUAUCCGUGGAUGAAGAAGAUCCACGUCGCUGGUGCAUCUAAUGGAUCCUUCCAGCCAGGCAUGGAGCCGAAACGUCAACGCACAGCGUAUACAAGGCACCAAAUACUGGAGCUUGAGAAAGAGUUUCACUAUAACCGGUAUUUAACCAGAAGAAGACGGAUAGAGAUAGCGCACACACUAGUCUUAUCGGAGCGUCAAAUAAAAAUUUGGUUCCAAAACAGACGGAUGAAGUGGAAGAAGGAUAACAAAUUGCCGAACACCAAAAAUGUAAGGAGAAAAACAAAUCCGGCUGGAGUCACCACAACCACGGCUAAAGCCACACCAAAGAGUAGAUCAAAUAAGAAUACGAAUAAUAACGACAAAAAGAAAUCAAAUAACAACGGUAGGCCAGACAGUAUAGAGAACGUUACGGACAAUAUAAUGAAUGACUUGCAUUGUGUCGGUCAACAGAAUCUGUCGCACGAUCCGGCAAUUAGUCCAAUGUCGCAUGCGAAUCAAAUGAACGCUGGUCACCCUAUGACGCCGCAUCAUCUUCACAUGAUGAGUAUGCAUGCGGGCAUGGAUCCAGCAAUGGUUGCCAACCUCGCGGCACAUGGCUCCCCAGUUGGCAACGCUGGUUGUGGUACAGGACUACCCACCAACCAGCCAGUCAUAAAAUCAGACUACGGUCUCACCGCCUUAUAAUCUAAGUGUAAAGAAGAGUUAUUUUCACUAACGGACUUUCUGUAACAACCAUUCCUUUGUGUCGAUAAGUUGUAAUAAAGUGAUGAGUAAAUUUUAAUGUAAGCCUAUUGUAAUUCGUGUAAGUAUUCCUAGGGUAACAAGUCAUAUAUCGAUGUUUGGAUAGUUAAGUGGAAACAUUUACAAUGUCAAAAAGUGUGAUUAAUAUUAUUAUUUUAGGGUAGACGUAAACAUCUGCGUGUUGGAUUUGUACAUUUUAAUUUAAGUCAUUGUCGUGAGCUAUGUAAUUAAUAUUUAUUAAACAACUGUUAGAAUUUUAUUUUGAAUAAAUCUCAGUACUGUUGCUAUUAAGGCUUGUUAGUACAUUCAAUUCAACUGUUCAUCUGAUGAAAAGUAACUAAUGAACGGAAAUAAUGACAUAUCAAGGAAUUAUUUGGAAAUAAUUCCUUGUCAUUCUGUUCAUACCAAAUCCAUUAUUAAAAGCCCACAUUUAUGUGACUUUGCAAGUAGCCAGCUUUGCAUCAUAUUAUUUAAAUUGAAAUUAAAAGUUUUAUCGAAGAGUAUGAAAAUGUAUUUAGAAAACAAUAAAAUAUCACCUAUUUUAUAAAUAUUGUGUUUAUGAUUUAGCAACUUCCCAAAAUUUUAAUUAAAAACACGUGUAAUGAAUGUUGUAUUUUAAAUAUUUAGUUUAAGUAUUUUUACAGCUUUUAUUUUAACUUUGGAAUAAAAGAAACACAGAUAAUGACAUCUAAGAAAUUAUUUGUCAUUAGUUUCUUUUAUUGUAACUGCUUUUCGUAAAUUGACAAAAUUUUCCAAAUUAAACAUCUACAUAUUUGAUCAAUUUUAUACUGGAUAAAUAUUAUAAUUAUGAUUGAAUUUAACAAAUCUAAUAAAUAUGGCGAAUUCAGUUUAUCUUUUUAGCCAUGAAUAAAAACUGUCUAAAUUGUAACGAAAAAAGAAUAUAUUAUAUAGUUAACAUUUUUCAGAUUGAUCAGAAAAAUGUACUUACCAAUAAAUAUGUAAUAGAUUUUGAAGCAACCAUUAAGUUUGUGAAAAAUAACUAAGACCUUUGUGAUUUAGACAAUGACUUAGUAUUAGGGUACAAAAUGUGGUAUAUUAUUUUAAUUGGGAGAUAUUGUUUUGUAACUAAAAUAGGAAAAAUGUGAAUACGAAACCAAUAAAUAUAGUAAUACUG